GGGAAUACCCCCGGCUCCGGCAUGAAGGCGUCCGUAAAAGAUGUGUGAGCAGGCAGCGCGCUACUGCCGCGAGAGCGUCCACAGGCUGCUCCGCCAGCAGCCGCAGCCGCCGAGCGGAGGGCUGGACGGGCUGCUGCGCUGGGUGGUCACCAAGAUGAGCGACGCGAAGAGCCCCCUGCCCGAGCGCGAGCUGAUGCCCGAAGGCCAGGCGGCCGGCGCAGAGCGGAGGAAGGGCGCCUCCGUCAUCCUGGACAUCUUCAGACGAGCAGACAAAAAUGAUGAUGGGAAACUGUCCCUGGAAGAAUUCCAGGCCUUCUUUUCUGAUGGGACUCUUAAUGAGGAGGAACUGGAAAAACUUUUCCAUACCAUUGAUUCUGACAACACCAGCAACGUGGAUACUAAGGAGCUGUGUGAUUACUUUGCUGACCACAUGGGGGAUUAUGAAGAUGUUUUAGCAUCACUGGAGACACUUAAUCUCUCCAUCCUGAAGGCCAUGGACUAUACAAAACGGGUAUAUGAACGAGGAACAAAUGUGGACCAGUUUGUGACCCGUUUCCUGCUGAAAGAGACAGCCAAUCAGAUCCAGUCCUUGCUCAGCUCUGUGGAAAGUGCUGUGGAUGCCAUUGAUGAACAAACCAGCCAGAUAAGGCACUUCCACAAUAAAUCUGGCCACAACGUCAUGGACAGUUGGUAUGACAAUCCCGUGUCUGGUUAUUCUCCCAAUAACAGAAUCAUGACCAAAGAACGCAGGAAAAGUUUCCAAACUGCAUCUUCAGACACCAAGGAGGAAGGCUUGGAAGCCCAGAUCAACAGGUUAGCAGAGUUGAUUGGAAGGCUGGAAAACAAGACUCUUUGGUUUGAUCUGCACCAACGGUUGUCAGACAGUGAAAACACAGCGUGUGCGUAUCUUCUCCUGGUACGAAGUGAAAUGACUGUUUCUCAGAAGCACCUGGGAGAAUUCUGCGGCUCCCUGAAGCAGUACUUGAAGAAUGUGGCUGGAGAACAGGACUGUUUCCACGUAACUGCAGUCAGGCUUCCCGAUGGGGUCACUUUCAUUGUCUACGAAUUUUGGGAGACUGAGGAUGAUUGGAGGAGACAUCUCCAGAGUCCUGUCUGUAAAAGUUUCCAGCACGUAAAAGUGGAUACGCUGAAUCAGCCUGAAGGAGUUUCCAGUGUGUCGGUCCCAGCUGCUUGGUGCACCCUUAACCGAGACUGACUUGGAGAGGACAACGCCCCAGCGGGAAGUUUGGAUGGGUCUCCUUCUCCUUGCCUGGCCGGUGCCAAUGUUCUUUCCUCUUUUUGGCAGAGAAGCAGACUUUUGUCUUUUCUAA